AUUGAAAAAUAUCAAUCUCAUCACGCAAGUAUCGAUCGUAUACCGAUACCAUCCGCUAUCGCUGUUUGAAUCGAUCCACCAACUACACUCCUGGACCACCAACAAGAGAGGAGGGAGUGUCAAACUCCACCUUGAAAUUAAAUAAUUUAAGCUGCCACUCGUUCUAUAAAGUGAUAGGGAAUUCAACUUUUAAAUUAAUUAAGUUAAAAACAUAAAUAAGAAAAGGAACUUCAUGUAGCUUUUCUUCAUUUAUUGUCUUUAGCCAAUCAGAUUCCAGCAUUGAAGUGGCGUUUAUUGCUGUCGCUGCCGUUGUACAGGUUAUUUAAAGUCACCAGCAUGUCUUUUUGCGACGACACCCUCCUGUGCAACUUUGCCAAGUGCCGCGUCAAGCUAACCACCUUCGCCUGGGUCACGGCCUGCUCGCACGUUUUCUGCGACCAACACGGCUCCCUCGAAUUCAACCGCUCCCCGACCAGCUGCCCGGCCUGCUCGUCGACUCUGUCUGGCAAAAUGGACAUUUUGAGGACAGAAUUGUCGCCUUCCGAGCAUUACAAAGCCAUGGUGCUGUGUGGUCUGCGCCCAGACAUAGUUAUGGACAUUACGUCACGUGCUCUGGCCUUCUGGAACUACCAGGUCCACCAGGAGCGCAUGUAUCAGGAAUACAGUGCCUUACGCACUGAGAAGCAGCUACAGCAGAUGGAAAAGGUUCUGACACAGCAGAACCAGACCAGACAGCUAGAGUUGUCGUCAAUGAAAGGGGAAAUUGCCUCCUUGAAGAAGAUGUUGGAGGACUUCAAGAGGAAGAACGGCGACAUGUCCGAGCGGCUGAUGGAGAAGAGCAGGCAGUACCAGAAGCUUCAGGGCCUAUAUGAACAGCUGAGGAUGCGCACCAUGGUGGUGGGGGGUGGCCAGUCUCCUUGUCAGCUGACAUACCACAAUGUCAACACUGAGGUGGCACCUCAGCAGACUCCCAAGAGGAACCACCGCUUCUCACCGUGCAUGGAUGCCGAUAGACCCAGAAACUUCUUCCAGAUUUACUCCCCCAUCUGCAACAACGGCCGAGCAGUCAAGAACAACUGAAGACAGAAGGGUAGACAUCCAUUGGAGAGUCGACUUUGUUCAAGAUUUGUUCUCCUUGGAAGCAUUUUGCGGAGUUUUACUCCCUGUCGGUAUGUAUUUUACCUUCUUAAGGCAGGAAAGGGUUAAGAGUUUUCAAACUCCUAAAGAAACCUGUGGGAGCUAAUGUUGGACUGAAUGUUCUUUCACGUGUUACCAGUGUUAAUAAAGUCAUAGUUGACAAAUAGUUUGAUUUACAUGUCAAAUAGGCACCUAGAUUAUUGUGAUAAGAUAUUUGCAUUGCACAGCAGCAACAGUACAGAAUCAGUUAAGCAGUACAAAAAUACACAAUAUAAAAAAAAUAAACAAUAUAAACAACCCAAGUAUUAACAAAUCAACAGUUUUACCCAGAGUUAUACACAACUACAGUAUGCAGAUAAUAUGAAACGGGAUGAAAUAUAUGACCAGUCUAUACACUAUGAGAUCUUGCUAGUGAGUUAAUAUGAUUCAUUAUAGAACUACUUCACAUAGAACUUAAUAUAUUGUAUUCAGAGCCUUGAUAUUGUACAGUGAAUGGAGUCCGGAGUAACUAUACUGAGUAUAAAAACAAAGUAUUGCACAGAUGUACAUAGUGGUGUAGAAGUCUAUUGGGAGCAGUGCUGGUUGUACAGCCUGACAGCUGCAGGAAGAAAGGACCUGCAAUAUCGCUCCUUCACACACUUGAUAUCGUGAUAUCAUUGUGAUACAAUCUUGAGUAGCAGCAUAUCAAGAACUCCGUAGUGGGGGAGGGCAAACUUUUUCCUCUGAAGGCCACAUGAAAUGUUAUGCAUUUUGUAUAUUAAAAACGCUCAAAUCAAUCCAAUGUAGAUCAAUUUAAACUAAACUAGACAAACAAAACAUCCCAUAUCUGAGCUUUGUGUUAAUGUCCAAAAGGAAAAUUUGUGUAAUGUCUCAUUAAUAAAUUCAUUUUAUUUUUAGAAGAUACCAAAGGCCAGUAAAAAAUGAUCUAUAUGAAAAAUGGCCGUUGGGCCACCCACCAAUUAAUGAACCCCUUCUUCUUCUUUCAUCCAAAAAAUAUAAGACCACCACUACAACCAGCUAGCAUCUAUCACCAAUGGUGGUUCAUUGAACAGAUUGUCCAAUGAAGUAUAGUACAAGUACAUGUUUAAAAAUGACCAAUCCAAUUUGAUGCAUCUUGCACAUUAAAUAUGUGAAAUCCAAUCCAAUAUUGGCCAAUAUAAAUCCUGAUCAAAAGUUUAAGACCACCAACAGAAAUAAAGUUAAAAAGUAAUCAGUAGCUACACUGCACAUUACCACAAAGAUUGUUUUGGGAAUGCUUGAUGCCAGUGUUUCCAGCAGGCUAGCGAGAAUGAAAAUGGCUUCAUGUAGGGCAUCAACUGAUGUCUUGGGGGCCUUGAAACCUUGGAUCAGUAGUUUGUAAAAAAAUACUUACUCAAUUAUGCAUUUUUUUCUUUUUGCAUUUUGAAGCUCUACUUAAAACCUUGGUGA